CCGCCACACAGGCAGCACAGCUUGAGCAAUGGGACCUAGAACCAUUUGUCUCCGGAUAAGCCAGUAAACGUGCCUGGAAUUUUUAGUCUAAAGGGGGUUCCCCAAACUUGUUGCUUGUUCCACGUCAUGGUGAUUGGCACCACUAACAUAUGCAGGGUUUUCUCCUCGGUGUCUAGGAUAGCUGCUGCUGUCAGGAAUUGCGAAGGCGUUUUUUGCUUUUUUUUCUGCUGUAGAGUUGAGGAUAAAGCAUACUGGCUUCCCGAUUUGGGGUCGGAGGACUUAGCUGAACAAGUUCGCUUCAACUGAGUGGAGCCGGAAGUAGUGCUCUUGGAGAAAUGCCUUCUGUUUGGACAAGGUGGACAGGUUGGACAGCUCCUAGGAGCACCGCCUGAAGUUUCAGCCUAAUGUUCCAUGCAGAAAGCCGCCUUCGCCGUUGUCUAACUGCAGAUGCACUACACCUUGGGAAGAAAAUCACGCAGAAAUAGUGUAUUAUUUAUAGCCCGCUGCUCAAGGCUAUGACUAUGCUCUAAAACUACAGGAAUUAUUUCCUCUGUAAUGGAAUGUAGUUUUGACACUUAAGAAUAUGUAGGAAAUAUGGUAUACUUAUAUUUUCCUCUAGCUUUGCCUGCAAUGCAACUAAUCAUGUCGGGUCCGUGUAGAGAUAAGUGGAAGGUUUAUCUUUGCAGUCACCCUUGCCAUCGUUGGGUUUUGAGCAGAGGUGCUGCAGGAAUCUGAUGUACAUUUUUCGGAUUUCAGGGAUGCAAUUAUUACAACAGUUGCUAUUUUUAGUUAGGUUGUUCACAAUAUCUAAAUGCAUUUAAAUUCUGACCAGCAGCUGUGCUUUUUGCUGGAGACUUCUUGCAACUGAUAUGGAUAAGCCAUGUUUUCAUUUGGAUUUGUGCUAAUUCCCAUAUUGCUCUUGAGCAAAGAUUUCAGCUACUAUAACCGGGAAUGAUUGCAUUCUUAAGCAGCUCUCUUACGAUAGUGCUUCCAUCCACAUCGUAUGGUUAUAUGCAUUGGCCAUGGAUUGUAACCCUUACAAAUGUUCAAGUAUUGAAAUACUUAAUGCAGUUUAAUGCAGCAUGACUGAAGCACCGCGUGUUCAUUUUAUUAAAGGUGGACUUUCUUGCAUUACGUGAUGGAAUAACUUAUCCUGCUCUGAUGGAAUAUUAUACUGAAAUGUGGGCUGUUGGUACAAUGGAAUUUCGUUUGCACUGAAUUUAUUUGGCUGUCCUUGAGAAGUUCAGCUUUCCUUCUGCUGGACAGAGUGUUUCAUUUGAUUCCCCUGCAUUUUUUCUGGUGCCGGUUAAACCGGUUGGAAAUAGAGCACCAUGGCAGCAGCAAUUGCCAGCUCCUUGAUUCGACAGAAAAGGCAGGCGAGGGAAUCGAACAGCGACAGGGUGUCCACCUCCAAAAGACGCAGUAGCCCUAGUAAAGAUGGGCGCUCUUUGUGUGAGAGACACGUCUUUGGGGUGUUCAGUAAAGUUCGCUUUUGCAGCGGGAGAAAAAGGCCGGUUAGGAUAAGAGCAGAACCCCAGCUGAAAGGAAUUGUGACCCGAUUAUUUAGCCAACAGGGUUUCUUUCUACAGAUGCUCCCAAAUGGUACAGUUGAUGGGACCAAGGAUGAGAACAGUGACUAUACUCUAUUCAAUCUGAUCCCUGUUGGUUUGCGUGUGGUAGCAAUUCAAGGAGUGAAGGCAGGCCUGUAUAUAGCAAUGAAUGGUGAAGGCUUUCUGUACAGUUCAGACAUAUUUACACCAGAAUGCAAAUUUAAAGAGUCUGUGUUUGAAAACUACUAUGUUAUUUAUUCUUCAACACUGUAUCGGCAGCAGGUAUCAGGCCGUGCCUGGUUUCUUGGACUAAACAAAGAGGGACAGAUCAUGAAAGGCAACAGAGUAAAGAAAACCAAACCAUCCUCACAUUUUGUACCAAAACCUCUUGAAGUAUGCAUGUACAGAGAGCCAUCACUUCAUGAAAUUGGAGAAAAACAAGGACGUUCACGAAAAAGUUCAGGGACACCAACAAUGAAUGGAGGCAAAGUGGUUAACCAAGAUUCAACAUAGCUGAAGCAGAAACUUAUUCCACUGAAAAAAGAGGAUCAAGACAAAGCCAGGACCCAAUGAUUAUGAUUCUGAAUUUACCAGUCUUUUCCAUAUGAAUGGAUUAAAAAGUACAAUCAUGCCUGCUUGACAUUAAAAAAGAAUGAAUGAAAAAAAGAUGAAAGCAUAUUGUAGAUCAGGAUUCCAAAUUCAUUUUCUGCCAAGCUGUCUACACUAUGGAGAAAGAACUCUGUCUCUGCAUUACAAAUAUAACAUUUCUUAAAUUAAAUCAAAUGUUUUGGAGAGUUGAUCCAAGGAUGUUCUACAAAGGUGUCUUUAUUAAGAACCAACUCUAGAUAACAAAUAAGACUGGAUAUGUUUUAAAAAGAAAUCAGUAUACCCAUUUUUAAUUGUCUGAACAUAUGAAUAUUUUUUUUAUUUACAAAUUCCAGAAAAAAUAAUUUGUUUUGAUUUGACAGGCCUGGAUCCUACUGAAACAUAUGAAUAAAAUCCGGGGAUCUCAUACAACA